GCGCUUGCAAUGUUCUAAGUUUGAAGUUGGCAGAAAGGCCAGGGCAACGAAAAACAAAACAAAUCAAAGGCAAAUAACGUUCGCUUUCUCAGCGAUUUCCUUUGUUUAAAAUUUUUGCAUGAUUCAUUUUAAAAGGAAAAAAAAAUUGCAUGAGAAAGCAAAGUAAUUUGACGGGAUAAAUUUAGAGAUUAUUUGUUCUUUUAAAAAAAAUCGAGCGAAAUAAAAUUAUAUAGAGGUUGUUUAAAUCUGUUAAAAAACUGAAAUUGCAUGGUAGUGUUCAGUCCGGGUCGGUUUAGGACUGGGUGUUCUGAAAUUGUUAUUGUUGUUUUAGGGUUUAAUAAUUCGACCGCGUUGAUUGGACGUUGUUCAUGAAGGUGGUAUUCGGGCGGGGUGCAUUGUUUUGGAUUAUUUUGCAUGAAGCUAAAGGGUGCCUCAGCGAUCGUUUUGGUGUUUUUUCAGAUAAUUUAAACACCCACUUGACCAUUAUCGUGGUUUUUUCAGGAAAUUAAGGACGCACAAUGGUUAUUUUUGGUGUUUUUGCAGAGGUGUUUUCUUUUUAAGCAAUUGGAGUGAAGAGUUUAUAGGUUUGAGGGAGGCAGUAGAGAAUUAGGGCAAAUUGUAUGCAUUGAAAGCUAGUUUCACGACUUGGAAGAUUUAAGGAGAGGUUAAAGAGACCUGGAUCUUAAUUGGAAGUUUUGCUGUUUGAAUUAUUGGAGUGCAGGAUUUAGGAGUUUUGAGCAUGAAUUAGAAUGUUGGAGUGAUUGAAGAUUAUACGCUCUCAAGACCAAUUAGAGGGAUUUGUUCAGGAGGUGUCCUUUUUCGGUCUUUGGAUGAUUAUUUAGAAGCUUUGUUCAUGAGGUUUUAAUGAAUACCCAAAUCUUAAUUUAGAAGCUUUUGGGGUUUUUAACAUGGAUUAGAGAAAUAGGAAAGUUUAGCAUUAAGUGCAUUGAAGGCUAAGUCUAAUCUUUGGUCAUGACUUGGGGAUUUGUGGACGCCCAUGUCUUAUUUCAGAAUUUCUUUUGGGAUUGACAUUGUUUAGACAUGAAUUGGAGAAUUUGGCAAUAGCCCUUGUUCAGGAUUUGGGGUUUCAAAGUUUUAGUAUCUGGAUAAUUCAAGUGGGGCGCUUAUACUUCUGAGUUGAAUAAUUGAAAUGCAGCGUUUUUAGGGGUUGGGCGUGGAUGAGACAAUUAGAGCAGCUGAACAGUAUCUGACCACUUGUCAUUUUUUAAGAUUAUGAGCAAAGUCUUGGUGUAAGGAUACCAAGUCUUGUUUCAGACUUUCGGGUGUUUAAGGGCACUGAAGUAUUAUUUCUGAGUUUUUGGGUUUAAGGACGCUCAAGUACUGUUUCAGACUUUUGGUGAUCGAAAAGUUGAAAUACGAACAGCUUUGUAGAGGAGCUCAGAAUUGGGGUAAUUGAAGAUUAUAUUCUGCCCAUGCGUGGCCCUGUUGAUGACUUGGAUAUAUGAGGGCACCCAAUUGUUUCUUGAGAGCUUUGUUUUGAAUUAUUGGUUUGAAGGGCUUGUGUGGUUUGGACAGGGAUAAGAAAAUCAGAGCAUUAUAGAUGAUUGCAGCCGAAGCAGUGCAAACAUGUGUUUUGUAGACCUGGAGUUUUAAGGAUACUCAAAUACUGACUUUAACUGUUUUUGUUUAAGCCACCAAGUGGUAUAUGUCUGGGUUAGAGAAAGACUGAGAAGACUUUGAAAUGUGAAGCCAGGUGGAAGUUAGGGAUAUCUAUUUGAACAGAAUUGAUCUUGCACGGAGAUUGGGAAUGACUUAGAGGACUGUCUGGAUCAGCAAAUUAUUCAGGAUUGGAUGCGUUUAGAACUUGGUGAGGUAUGGCACGAACAGAAGGGAUCCUGCACUGAAUAUAGAGUGGCUUAAAGGACUGGCAGCUAUAUCUAGUCACGAAGGGUGGUUGAUUACUCAGAGAAAACCAAAAUAUUGAUUUUGCUGAUGACCUGAGGUUUUGGAUUCGAAAAUAAGUCGGUGAGAUGUGACAUGGACACAAGUGGGCCUGCACUGGUUCCAGAGUGGCUUAAAGGAUUGAAUUCAAGAUCAAAUCACAAAGAUCCCAGUCAGGUUCAAACCCUAUCCAGAAAUAGACCUGUAGUCCGAGCACAAAAGUCUGGACCCAGUCUUAUUGAGCAAGAGACUCCUAGAAAUCCAGCCUCAAGCAAUGGAGCAUUUUCAAGUUAUUCUAGGACAGCCGGGGUUUCAAGCAGAACUAAUAUUGAUUGCAGCAAUAGUAAUAAGGAUCCCCUUAUAGAUCAAAGAACUUGCUAUGGCAUCAACCAAAAGUCUUCUUUUAGUGGAUAUGAUGAACUCAAACCUCCUAGUGACCUGAAACUUAAUGACUCUGAACGCCUAAAACAAAAGAGUGUAUGUGGAAGAAUUGAACUAAAUAGAAAUGGGAGGGGCAAAAAAUCAAAUAAAGAUGACAGGGACAGAUACCAGAGGCAAUACAACAUAUCAUAUCAAGGGCCAUAUUCAGAAUCAACAAGAAGAUUCAAGGCAAACAAGAAUCUGAAGAAUGUGUCAAUGGAUUCUGGAGAUGAAUCGGAUUCUGGAGAAGAAUCGGGCAUUUUGCCAAUGCCUUCCUAUGCUAGCAGUUAUGUCAGUAUCAAACAAAAGGCUGAUUUUGAGAGGAGCUUCCCAUCUCUCGGUACAGAAAAGAAAAGUGGCAAUUCUAAUUCUAAUCAGGGAAAUACAGGGCAAGAAAAAACUGGAAGGCUGCAGUCAGUCAGACCUUUGUCGGGAUUUAGUUGCCCAGGUGGGCUGGCUAAUGGUAUUACAGGGAGUGGGACAUCUGGUUUUGGAUCUGAUGGAUGGGUUUCUGUCCUAGCAGAUGUUUCAAAAACGGAUUUGUUGGGAAACGGUGAUCUCUCUACCUCAGCUCAAAUCAUUUCCCCAACCAGUUCAAUUCCAUCCAUGGUACCUUUUGCAGCAUCUGUAGGUGGGCUUAACAUGGCGGAGACAUUAUUGAAAGCCACCCCUCAGGUUCCUACUGCUCCCAAGCUCAUCUCUGAGGCUCAAAAGUUGGAGGAACUAGCAUUAAAGCAGUCAAAGCAACUAAUUCCAGUCAUACGCUCAACAACAAAAUUAAUGGGUCGUUGCUCAUCUAAAAUGCUGAAGUCAAAGUUGGAAACAGCACCAUCUAGUACGAAAACUAAACAGCAAGUAGCAUCUUCCAAUCGUACACCUUCUGUUCGAGCACCUAGAAGACGUGAGUAUACUGAGCAUCGUGAAGGAAGGAAUGUCAUGAAGGAUAAAGCAAUAUCAACAUCAACAGGACCAAAAAAAAACACAGAAAACAAUAAUUUUGUUAUUGAUGAAAAGAAAUUGUGGCUACAAGAAAAAAAUGUGUUUUUUGAGACUCUGAGGAAGAGGGAUGCUCAGAAUUUAUUACCAGUCACCAGGAAUGAAGAUUCAUCCUUAUCAACUGUAAACAAAGUUAAUCAAUUGGAUGGAGAGAGCCUUUUGGUGCUUAAGUCUGUAACUGAUGUAAAAACAAACAAUUCUACUAACAGUGUUCUUUAUGAAUCUGAAAAAGUUUUUUUAGGGGCGGAAAUAGACGGUAAUGAAAUAAACAGUAACGGGAGUAGUGUAAAGACUGAAAAAUGCAAUUCUGGUGUUGAAGACAUGGAUGAACCUGUUCAUCCAAAUCCCAUGAAAUGCAUUUCUUUCAUGGGUUCCUCUGAAGAAGAGGAAAUUGCCUUUAUGCAGUUUCUUGGGUGGGAUAAAUAUGCCAAAGUGGAGCCCUUGACAGACAAGGAAAUCAAUGCUUUCUACGAUCAGAAUCUGGAAGCUUUAAAUGGUUAUUUCCAAGGCAAACCAAGGCUGCAUUUCCCUGUAGUGCAUUCUGCAACUAUGGCAAGAAUGACACAUAGUCAUUCUUUUGACGCUGACACUGGCUUCAACACUAAUGAGAAUUCCUAUCUGCAAUAUUAAACAUUGUUUUAUUCUUCUGUAUUGACCACAUUCUUUGAGUAACAUAUGAUGUUGUUGUAAUAGCAUAUUAUAUAUAGUAGGAAAUUGACUGGCAUUUGGAAGGCAAGUGCCCGAAUCUUAUACAAACUUCCUGAGGACAUAUUUGGGUAGCAAAGAAGUUCUCAUAUUUGUCCUGCAUCAUUGAGGAGAGAGGCAUUGCCGGGAAGGGCUUUUUUGACGGUUACAAUUAGAUACUCCUUCUUUUGGGCCUAACAUACUGUGCGGAACCAUAAAAUAUGGUUAAGAAUAUAUUCAUUCUUUGUAAAAGAACUUUUUGUAGACAGAUAUAUGCAAUAACAGUUCUGUCAACGUUAUAAAAUUGUUU